UCCGAUUAGGGUUGCCUACGAUGCUUUACAUAAAAUAAUCAAUAAUUUUGUUUCUUUGCAACGAAUCUUUUUCCCGGAACUGCAAGCCAAUACAUGUUUAGACCAUUUAUUCUUUUUAGCGGGCUGUGUUAUUGAUAUGAACUAGAUUAGUGUUGAUGUCACGACUGAUCGUUGCUGGGUUGGAAAAUUGUUGAUGUCCGGUCUUCUGCACGGACUGAUUCCGCACUCGGCUACACUGCCAAGACUUUGAAACGGCAAAUUUGCACUUGAAAAUAUUAGAUCAAUGAUGAGUGUAAGAAACUAAUGAUAAGACUGCAUUUCAAGUAUGUAUUGAAAUUAUGGCGAAAAACAAGAGUUCCACCACAAUUAGAAGACGGAAAGGAAAACCAAAACAAUAUGACAUGGAUCGGAUGCGUGAAAGUUGUCCCAGUUCUCCAGUUACAACAGAUGACGAAAGCAGGGAUGAGGAAGAGGACUGUUACAUGUUCAACUCGGAAGUUCUUGGUCCGUUAAUCAUAAAGAAGAUAAUGGCCUCAGACUCUUCUCUCUUUCUUGGUCUCAUUGCAAUGCGAGUGGUGAACAGCCUUCUUAUCCAGACAUCCUUUGUUCCAGAUGAAUACUGGCAGUCAUUAGAGGUGGCUCACAACAUGGUCUUUGAUUAUGGGUAUUUAACGUGGGAGUGGAAAACUGGUCUGCGAGGCUACAUGUAUCCAUUUGUGUUUGCCGUCUUGUUCAAGAUACAGAGUAUUUUCGGUCUUGACAGCAGGAUUCUAUUGAUCAAGCUGCCGCGACUUGUCCAGGGUGUGAUAGCUGCGUGUGGUGACCUCUACCUGUAUCACCUGUCCUGGAAGCUGUGUGGCCGAGCGACCGCCCAGUGGACGCUGCUGUGUCAGACCGUGUCUUGGUUCAUCCUGUACUGUGCUACUCGCACGCUGACCAACUCCACAGAAGCCGUCCUCGUCACCAUGGCGCUUUAUUACUUUCCAUGGCCUGGCUAUCCAGGACAGUCGAGCACUGUGAAGUUUCUACUGCUGGCUGCAUUGUCUGUUAUUGUACGACCAACAUCAGCCGUCAUCUGGGUGUUGAUGUGCUCAUGGCACUUCCAACUUAACAAGCAGAAACCAGCUAAACUUAUAUUUCAGUAUAUUCAGAUAGGAGUGCUAGUGUUGGGAUCUUCAGCUGUUCUGGAUCGAAUCUUCUAUGGAAAGUGGACAUUUGUUCAAUAUAAUUUUCUCCACUUCAACAUUAUCAGUGGAGGAUCAUCAUUCUAUGGGUCACACCCUUGGCACUGGUAUCUAACACAAGGAUUUCCAGUUGUUAUGGGAACUCACAUUUUGCCAUUCAUUUUAGGAGCCUGGAAAGCUAGGAACAAAGUUCUUCUCUUUGUUAUAGUGUGGACAGUCUUUAUAUACAGCUUCUUCUCUCACAAAGAAUUUAGAUUUUUGAUGCCAAUCCUACCUCUUUGCAUGCACUAUUGUGGAGUCUACUUCCAGUCGCUAUGUCGAAGGCCGUACCUCAAGAAAAAGAAGCCAAAGAAAAACCUCAAUAUUACGCCCAUUGAUGAGGAGCUUAAUGAAAGCUUUAACAGCAGUACUAGUUUUUCCGAUUCCAUCGACACGCAGUCUAUAUCAAGCCAGGAAUCAGCCCUUCAGACUGACCACACCGGCUCGGAUCCUGAUAAAACCAGUGAAAAGCUGCAGCAAACCGAGCCUUCGUCAAAGUCCGAUCAAAAGGAUUGUGACCCAGAUUCAGAGAAAUGCAAAGAUAUGGAGGGAGAGAAAGAUAGCUCCACAAAGUCUGUUGACAAGUGUGAGGAGGAUAAAUCUAAUGCUGACGAGAAGGUAGAUAACUCUUCCACACCCCAGCCAGAAGUGGAUCCAGAAAUAGUGAGAACGCAGAAGCACAAAUCAAAUCUGUCCAAAGCAAAAAUUCUAGUCCUGAUUCUGAUUGUGACAAAUGUUCCAGUAGCAUUGUAUUUCAGCCUAAUUCACCAAAGAGGAACUGUCGUUGUGAUGAAGUACAUAUACGACGUCAGUCUAGAGAAAGAUGCAGACGUCCUCUUCCUAAUGCCCUGCCAUUCCACUCCAUAUUACAGCUACAUUCACAAAAAUAUCAGCAUGAGGUUUUUGACUUGUGAACCGAACUUAGAACGAAACAAAACCUACACUGAUGAAGCCGAUAUAUUUUAUAACGAUCCAGUGAGCUGGCUGAAGCGUGAAUAUGCUGCUACCACGAGACCAUGGCCAUCAAUGGUGGUGUACUUUAACACACUACAGUCUCAAAUCAAAGCUUUUCUUAUGCAAAGUGGUUAUAAACAGUGUGGAAACUUUUUUCAUAGCCAUAUUUCUGAAGGACGAGUUGGAUCUCAUGUUCUUGUCAGUUGUAGGUGAUUUCUAGCAGGUUUAAUAACCUCUGUUUUUAGUCUCUUUACACAUUUGAUAUACGUUUGGUCACUUUAUGCAAAUUGUUUUUCAGAAAUUAAUUUUGAAUUAAAUUGACUCAAAUUUUAAAUUUUAUCUGUUAAAUGUUUUGCAAAAAAUGUUUUAUUUGCAUUUGAUGGUUUUCAUCUAAUUCCUCCAUUUCCCUUGUUAUGCUGCUGAUCAUAUUUCAUCUGACUUAGAUGUUAAUAUUUCAUUCAGGUUGUGAUAAUGGUAACCUCGACCAAAACUUAAUUUAAUCUUCAUUUAACAAGAAUUUGAUUCAUCAGUCAAACUCUUUUUCACUUUCUUCUUCGGAUGCUGAGUAUGAAUCCAAUCUGAAUGGUGCUUGGAGUAAGCAUGAGUUUAUGUUUUACAUGGAAAUAGACUUCCUAAAAUCCAAAUAUUUAGUUUAUGAAAACAAAGAACAAAGAAACAUGUUACGUUUUAAACAGACUGCCCCAAGUUGGCUGGCAUUGUUAAAAUGUGACUCAUUAAUAGAUCUUUUUCAAUGACAAAAAUUAAAUAUUAAAUAUAUUUUCUUAUUUAGAAUAUCGGUUUCUAAAGUAAUGCUUGUAAAUAAUUCAAACUCCAUUCCCACCCCUUCCCAAUAUAUAUUAUUUCAUACAUACAAAAUUAUUGGGAGACAAAAUUCAGUUUGGACAACUACAAAUAUUAAGAUGACCAGAGACUCAUUGAAAAUCAAGACAUUUAUAUUCUAAACAAUAAAAUGUAUUUAAUAUGUGAAUUUAGUCAUUAAAAAGUCUAGUAAUUGCAAAUGCAGGACACUCCCUUUAAUAAAGUGACCUUGAUUGCUUCUUGAAAUAGACCAGCUGGUAGGUACAGGGUUCGCAGCCCAGUAUCUGCUCAAACCCAGUGCAAGUUCUUAAGGGCUCAAUAGGUAGAUGUAAGGCCACUACACCCUCUUCUCUCUCAUUAACCAACAACUAACCCACUGUCCUGGACAGACAGCCCAGAUAGCUGAGGUGUGUGCCCAGAACAAUGUGCUUGAACCGUAAUUGGAUAUAAGCAUGAAAAUAAAUUGAAAUGAAAUGAAAUUAAUUCUUGAAAUAUGGCAAAAUUAUCAGUUAUAACUGUUACCGUAAAACUUUUUUUUUUUGUCUUUGGCUUGUAUCUGUUAAAAGAAACCUUUUUAACAAAUCAUGUUAUUACAAAAUGUUACCGUAUGUAUUAUGGCAUAAUAUACAUGUAUUUAGUUACAAAUAUAAAUCAAUAUGACACAAUAUCAUUAAUAUAGUUAAUGAUAUAUAGAGGAUACUCCCCG